AUGUCUGUUGCACAUACUCCAACUUCAAGAAGCAGCAACCUCGGGAGCUCAACUAAGCUGAAGGUUCAUAUUUACAUCGACAACUCCAACAUCUACAUCCAAGGCGCGAAGACCUACCAGCCAGGUUCAAACCAAGAUCCUGUGUCAGAUCCGGCGUGGAGAUAUGUUGUUAGUCUCCUCAGGAAUGUGCUUUGUCGAGAAUCGGGGCUUGAUCCUACCGUUGGGCUGGAUGUCGAUACGUUUGUAUAUGGCUCCGUUCCUCCACCUCACGAUAUCUGGCUGGCGAUGGAACAGCAGGAUGUUAAGGUCUUCAAGUUCGACCGAAGUCCAGUGACUGGAAAAGAGAAGCAGGUUCGAAGCGAGUUUAUCAUCGUCACUGGCGAUGGAGACCUUUUGCCCGCAGUCGAGAAGAUCAGUGAGAAGGGAUUCCGGGUGCACAUAUGGUCAUGGAGCAGUUCAUUCUCAAGUGUCUACACAUCAAAGUACAAUGAAAGUGGCCCAGAAGGAAAUAUCAAAUUGCACUGCCUGGACAAGUUCAAGGACGAAUUCGGUUACAAGAAAGUCAGACAUUCGGACAAGCCGUGCAGAUACGGCAAAUACUGCUUUGAAAAUGUCAAUUGCGAAUUCUCACAUUCGCAGGAAGAUAAGACAUUCUUCGCAGAGACCGGGGGCUGCAAGCCGCUGCGGAAGGACAAAGAGUGCCGUUUUGGCGAAUCUUGUAAACGCAAGGAUAAGUGUCCCUUUUACCAUAACGAAAGUGAGCGGAUCUGCCUUACCUGCGACCAGGCUGGACAAGGACACGGCGAUGUGGGAUCACCGGAAUGGCAGAGAGCACAUGGCUCAAGUUAG